CCCACACGUGAGCUCCCAAAAGGGGAGGCGCGGCCGCGACUGCCGGUCUUCGCUUUCGACGCUCUCAAGGGACGCGCGACCGAGGCCGAGGAGAACGCAGCUCGCGCCCGGGUUGUCAACAACAACAACCGGAAGAACCGAGAAGACCACAUCUGAGGGCAAAGAAGGUUCCGUGCUGUCACAACAGAAUUGACCGCCAGUGACACCUGAUAGGCAUCACCAGACCGCCUGGCAAAUUUCUGCCCCUCCAAAAGCGGACCUCGCCAUGGCGUCGACGGGCACACAGCUGCUGGGGAGCGUUCUGUGCCUGCUGGGCUGGGCCGGCGUGAUAAUCAGCUGCCUGCUGCCCAUGUGGCGGGUGACGGCGUUCGUGGGCAGCACCAUCAUCACAUCUCAGACAGUAUGGGAGGGCAUCUGGAUGAGCUGCGUGGUCCAGAGCACGGGCCAGAUCCAGUGCAAGCCUUACGAGUCCAUGUUGGCGCUGAGCGGGGACCUGCAGGCGGCCCGCACCCUCACCGUACUGGCCACCGUGACCGGCGCUACGGGCCUCGUCCUGGCCUUCGUCGGAGGCAAGUGCACCCGCUUCUUGGACCGGGAGGGGGCCGAGUCCAAAGGCAGGGUAGCGGUAGCGGCGGGGGCGGUUCUGGUGCUCACGGGAUUGUUGUGUUUGAUUCCGACCUCAUGGGUUGCCGGGGCCGUGGUCCGGAAGUUCUACAGCGCCGCCAUCGACGCUCAGCGGCGUGAGAUUGGCGCCUGCCUCUACAUCGGCUGGGGAGCGUCCCUCCUGCUCAUCCUCGGAGGGGGGCUGUUCAUCAGCUCCGUGUGUCCCUUCAAAGCGGAGCCCGCCCAAAAGAGCCCGUCCGUUCGAUACCUGAUGGCCCGCUCAUCCACAGGGUCCCUACGAAGGGUCCCGGUGACGAGUCCGACGGGGAUGGCUUUCGGCGGGCCUCCCGGCUACCGGCCGGCCUUCGCCGUGUCCGAGCCGCCCGGGAGGACCGCCCGGGGAUACGCGCCCGGGGUCGAACAGAACUCUGACCUGUCCUCGGCUCUCUCCUCUAAGUCUCAGCUGAAGCGACUAGACUCUACACCCUCAGAGCAAAGCGGGACGCCUACUACCGAGUCUCAGCUGAAGCCGGAGCGGCUUGAGCGCAUAAAGACUUUGGACUCUGACGGCAGCCGAAAUGAGGACUUCUCCUCCAACCUUUCAAAGACCUACCUCUGACCCGGACCAGAUACCUUCAAAGACCUGGAAUAGCUGUCUCUUUGAGGUGGUGUACCUGGUAUACUUCAAAGACCUCAAGCAAGAUGAAGGGCAACGUUUACAAGACAUUGGUGAGGCACAGCUUCCAGGCGGUGGUACUGAACAGACGACAGCUGGAAGACGUUGAGGUUCUAUCUAGAAGUGCGUAACUUUGAAAGGGUUAGAAAUGAGCUCAUCAGCCGAGGGUUGGAUAUCUUUUGAGGAGACAAGACUCGGAUGCUUUAUUCCUGUCCACGGGGGAGACGGUGAGUAUUUUGGAUUAGUGGAAGGGUGGUGAGGUUGAAACCGAGAGAGCAAGAGGAAGACCUCGGAGAAGAUUUGACAGAUGUCACCUGGGAGGAUACGUGCAGCAGAUUUCGAGGCCUAUGUGGAAAAGAAUGAUGUGAUGUGGAAACUCCUAACUGGACGAGACCAAAUGAGAACCAAAUGUGCUUGGAAAGUGACAUCACAAAGCCUACAAGAAGAAGAUCCAUCAAAGAACUGCCUCGUACUUGGACUAACUCGAUAACAUCAAAGACCUGCCUCGGACUUGGACUAACGCUACAACAUCAAAGACCUGCCUCGUACUUGGACUAACUCUAUAAAAUCAAAGACCUGCCUUGUACUUGGACUAACUCUAUAGGUAGACUACAAAACCCAAGACUAAUUCUACCUCUUUGACAUGGACUGACUCCACUUUUUGACCUCCCAUCGCUGAAGUACUGAUUGUAAACGACCGCAACCUGCACUAAACCCGCGCAUGACUCAAAGUGGACUCUUUGAUCCAGACGAACUGUGUUCGGUUUCGGUUCUUCAUUCUUGCCAUGUCUGAGUCUGACCCAGAUGACAGGAAGUGAGCCGUCACCUCCGCUUUGUCUCCAGCUGCAUUGAAUUGAUCUUUGGCAAUGUCCGCUAUGAUUUUAAAAUGAAAAUCUGACCGUUUUGAACUCGUGACCUCUGAUAACGAAUUGUUUUUUUUUUUCUUGCCGGAUUCUGAAGUUGAGUGAGAGGGCCAAACUUUGGAACUGAAAUUGAGUUAAGACCUGAAAACGGUAACCUCCUAACAUGAAGGAAGACAUGUGCAGUAAACGUGUACAGUAAAUUCUGAGGUCUUUGGAUUCUUUCCGGACUGAACCGCGUCCACGUGAGUUUUUGGAACAAAGGCAAAAAUAUAUGAAAUGAGAGACGCCGGCGGCUCUUCCCUGAAUUCCUGACGAGUUUUGUCCGUGUCCGGUCAAACCGGUUUGACAGAAAGUCUUCUGCUGUCUUUGUUGGACGUCGGGACGCUCUCGCUCGACGCCGUUUGGUUGCAGCGGAUGGAAUUGUUAUGCCUUAUUUUGGGGAAUUGGUGAAUGAGGAGGAAGUGGAGAGGUGGCAAGCGCGAUGGUGACGAAGGUCCCGAUGACGUUUGCAUGUUCUCCCCGUACCCGGCGUGGCUUUUCUCCGGUUUCCUCCCACAUCCCCAAAAACCUCCAACAUUAAUUGGAGACUC